GCGCUCCUGCCUCAGUAAAAAUUGUGCCUUUGUGCAGAUUACUACUAAACAAAACAAAAGAGCAGAGAGUUAAAAAUCAAAAGAAAGUGAAAAUUGCAAAGAGUUCUAGUUAAGAACUGAAGAUAUACAAACAAAGCCACUGUGAAGUUUUAGCAACAUUUCGAGUGAAAACAAUAAAUCAACAAGAUGCCUAACACAUUCCCAAUCAAGCCACCAGCACAGAUGCCCUGCCCGCACUGGAAUCACUUUCCUAUUCAUCCACAAGUGCAGGUUACAUUCGGCAGCAGCUGCAACGGUCCAAACAGCCCAUCAUCGCCGCCACCAACACCGAGCUCAUACUCCUACUGCAGUGCUUGCAAUGCCAUGCAAAAGCGACAGUCUUGAGCUAUGUUUUUAUGUCUAAAGCCUCGGCGCAAGUUAUAAAA